AUGGUUCAAUCAACUUUUGUCAAAUAUUUGGAUAGGCUUUGCUCUCGGUUCCUUUAUUCUCGUGACAUUGCAGCUAAAAAGCUUCGUCUUAUUGCCUGGAAAGACACUUGCAUUCCAAAAAUUAAUGGUGGGAUUGGUCUUCCCUCUUUUGAUGCUUUAAACUUCACUUUCUCUUGUUCUAUUAUCUGGAGAUUCAUUAAUGAUAGCAAUUUGUUAUUUUGUUGCUGGCGUAACCUUUACACCUCUCUCUGGUUCCCUCAUAACAAAGGCAGUUCUAUGUUCUGGAACAAAAUUUCUGUUAUUGCUGCUCAAAUUAAGCACUGUCUGAAUUUUAGGAUCCUGCCUAACAGUCACCAUUCCCUUUUUUGGGACCCCUGGUGCCAUGGUAAUUCUAUCUCUGAGUUGGCUGUUUCUAAUUUGGGUGGGUGCUGGCUGGAUAAUCUCAACAAAAAUUCCGUGUCUACCAUUCUUUUGAAUGGUAGCUGGAAUUUACCUUAUGGCUGGCCCUAUGCUCUCACGACUAUCAUUAAUUCUGUUCCAAUUAGUAAUGCUGCCACUGGUUGCUUCUGGUCAUAUUCUGAGAAGGUUACCAACAAAAUUUUUAGGAAAGAAUUUUAUAUACAUUACUCGGUGAUGGAUUGGUAUCAUUUUGUUUGGCAUAAACAUUCGGCUAUCAGAUAUUCUGCAUUUGGUUGGCUGGCUGUUAAGAACGGGCUUAAAACGGCUGACAUCUUGAUUAGGCGUGGUAUUACUGUUAAUCCACUUUGUAUCUUCUGCUUGAUGAGUAAUGAAUCACACUCUCAUCUGUUUUUUGAAUGUGACUAUUCUUUUAAGAUCCUCUGUGCUUUAAUCCCCCAAGCACAUUCGUUACUUCUUCGUCCGAACAUACACCAAAUGUUUUACUUUCUGGACGAUAUUUCGGACUCGUCUGAAUUUCUGAACUUCUACUGCUUGGUGGUAAAUACUGCUAUUUACUAUACCUGGCGUGCUCGUAAUGACAGAAUUUUUGGCAACAAAAUUGACUGUCACACUACUGUGGUCAGAAAGAUUAAGUAUGCUGUACUGGCUAAAUUGGGGAGAUGGAAAAAUGGCAGCAAUUUACUGCAUCUGUUGGGGUAA